UUCAAUCUUUUCACAUACUAUUCAAUCCCUCUUAUCUUCCUUAGUUUCCUCCUCAUCACCACAUCUUCAUCAUCCCCACACCACAGUGAAACUAAUUAUGAUGCUUCGACAAGGCUCGCCUUCAACGGAGUUUCUAUCUACAUACACGUUGAUAAAUACAACGGUUGAUAAAUACAGGAUGAUUACAUUGAAGGGAGUGUUGAGGCCAUAUUUGAGUCAUUUGACAGGUAUGAAAUAUCCCUGCUGCCAUAAUUUCAGUUUAAUUGCAUUCUAAUACCUUUUGGUUUAUAAAUGAAUUUCAAUUCAAACUCUUAAUGUCGAUAAGGAUGAACUCUUUGCUAAUCAAACGGUGUAAUGCUGAUUUAUACAAAAUUUGUAGUCAAAGAAAAUGCGACAUUCAUAAACCUCAUUCUAACUUUACUUAUGAUUCAACUUUUUUUUUGUUAAUUACUGUAUAUUCUUCUUCAAUGCUUUAGUUGAGCAAUUAACUUAAGUAGCUGUUAAUUACUUUUUUUUUUUGGUUGAGCAAUUUGGUUGAAAUGAAGUUGGUGGAUCAUACACGAAGUCGGACACAUGAGCAUGUGGGUGUGGCUUUCCUGCAUAAGAACAUUCUUCAAGCGUUUUUGCACAAACGAGCUGAGAAUUGAGCAUGGUAGCAGCUAUGACAGCGUGUUUUCCAAUGAUAUUUUACCGUCUCUUGGAGCUCAAAUCAACCAAACUGUCGAGCUCAAUAAAUAUGUCAUCUCACCAUUCAAUCCUCGCUACAGGGCAUGGGAGAUGCUGCUAAUAAUCCUGGUUGUGUAUUCAGCAUGGAUCUGUCCAUUUGAGUUUGCAUUCCUGGUAUACAAACAGGAUGCACUCUUCAUCAUUGAUCACGUCGUGAAUGGUUUUUUCGCAAUUGAUAUAGUUCUUACCUUCUUUGUUGCAUAUAUUGAUCGUAGAACUUACUUACUAAUCGAUGAUCAUAAAAAAAUUGCAAUCAGGUACCUGUCAACCUGGUUUAUUUUUGAUGUCUGUUCAACAGCACCACUUCAGACGCUUAGCCUUCUCUUUACAGACCACAACGGUGGACUAGGUUUUAAAGCACUUAACAUGCUUCGACUCUGGAGACUUCGGAGGGUCAGCUCCCUCUUUGCAAGGCUCGAGAAAGAUAUCCACUUCAACUACUUUUGGACCCGCUGCACCAAACUUGUCGCAGUAACAUUAUUUGCUGUUCAUUAUGCUGGAUGCUUCUAUUACCUGAUAGCAGACAAAUACCCUGAUCCAACUAAAACUUGGAUUGGUGCAGUGAACCCGAACUUUAAAUCACAGGGCGUGUGGAAGAGAUACAUUGCCUCGCUAUACUGGUCUAUUGUGACACUAACAACCACUGGCUAUGGUGACCUGCAUGCUGAAAACACUAUCGAGAUGCUGUUUGACAUCUUCUACAUGCUAUUCAAUCUAGGACUCACGUCUUACAUCAUUGGAAACAUGACAAACCUUGUUGUUCACUGGACAAGUCGCACCAGAAAUUUUAGAGAUACAGUCAGAGCUUGUACAGAAUUCGCAGCACGCAAUCAACUUCCUCCCAGAAUACAGGACCAAAUGCUGUCACAUGUAUGUCUGAAGUUCAAAACUGAAGGGUUAAAACAGCAGCAGACCUUAAACAGUCUGCCCAAAGCUCUCCGAUCUAGCAUUGCACAAUAUCUCUUCUUUCCUGUUGUUCAGAAAGUCCAACUUUUCUGUGGAGUUUCUCAAAAGUUUCUCUUACAACUGGUUUCGGAAAUGGAGGCUGAAUACUUUCCACCUAAAGAAGACGUGAUUUUACAAAAUGAAACGCCGAUGGAUAUAUACAUUCUCGUAUCUGGUGCAGUGGACAUGGUGGUACACAUUAAUGGGCGUAAUCAGGUUGUUCAGAAGCUACUUGAAGGGGAAAUAUUUGGAGAGAUUGGGGUUCUAUGUAAUAAGCCUCAGCCAUUCACUGUCCGGACUUCAGAACUGUCUCAGAUAUUAAGGUUAAAUAGUACUUCAUUUACGAACAUUAUUCAAGCAAACGAAGCAGACGGACAUAUCAUCAAGAGCCAUCUAUUUACGAAACUAAAACAUCUAGCAAACCAAGGUUUGUUGGAGCAGCAAGAUGUUGAGGAAUAUACUUAUGGGGAGCGGUUUAAUAGCCAACAUAAAUGUAUUACAUGCUUAAAACAUGAAAUUGAACACCAAUUUGCUGAAAAUCCCACAAUGUACAAAGGAUGGAAUGCUACAUACAAGGUGGAAACUCAAAAAUAUUAUGAUUCAGUCACAUGUGGCAUGGAGGCAGCAUCGGAAAACUUGAGGUCAAACAGCUAUGUAGAACAUCCUGGAGCAGCGAUUACAAAUGUUAACAAGAUUAGAGUGAUCAUUCACAUGCAGUCGCAAAGCGACAGUAUGGAAGAGAAACAGUUUGGCAAACUUAUAGUCCUGCCAGAUAGCAUUGAAGAGUUGUUCAAUCUUGCAGGCCAGAAGUUCAGACGACGCUUCACAAAAAUUAUCAGUACAGAAAAUGCAGAAAUCGAAGACAUUGGUGUGAUCAGAGAUGGAGACCAUCUAAUUUUCAUGCAAUAACACUGAAAAGAAUUGGGUGUAAUUUAGUUGUACAGGUAGAGUUUAGAUCUUCCAUAUAAUUUUGAAAGGAGGCUAACAAUUAUUUCAUAUGGCCGGAAUUAAUUGAUACUCCGUACUACUCUAGUAGUGUACGUAAUUUAAACUAGUAAUGCGAAAAUUUUUUUUUGGCAGCUGAAGCACAACUUAAUCCAAAUGGAAAGUACAAAAUUAUAUCUUUUAUGUAAGAAUUUUUCGAAGGCAUUGAAUUUGAAGGAUUAUUGAAACUCGAAA